AACAUCGGCCACUUGGACCUAAUCUUCCACCCCAUCUCUCCUCAUCUCUGACCCUCAAACUCCCCUAUUCUUUUUCGCCUUAUUCUUCCCUUCUCCAACACAAAUUAUAGACUGCUGAGGAUCCCAGCGAGGGACCCAAUUCAUUAAAAAUGUCUGGCGAAGCGUGGCUGUACCUGUUGGCGGUGCUCAUCAAUGCCGUCAACCUCUUCCUCCAGGUCUUUUUCACCAUCAUGUACAGCGAUCUCGAAUGCGAUUACAUCAACCCGAUCGACCUUUGCAACCGCCUCAACACCUACAUUAUUCCCGAGGCUGCUGUCCACGCGUUCCUGACUUUCCUCUUCCUCAUCAAUGGCUACUGGCUGGCUCUGAUCCUGAACUUGCCUCUGCUGGCCUGGAAUGCAAAGAAGAUUAUCGACAACCAGCACUUGCUUGACGCGACCGAAAUCUUCCGAAAAUUGAACGUUCACAAGAAUGAAUCAUUUGUCAAGCUUGGUUUCCACCUGAUCAUGUUCUUCUUCUACCUCUACAGCAUGAUUGUCGCCCUCAUUCGCGAGGAGUCGAACUGACUACGAUCGGAAACUGCGAGAAGCAUGCGUGUCGGCGGUGUCUUUUAGAGCUGUGACGACGAGUAAAGGAGCAUGCACGAGCGUGUAUCGGCUAUCUGAAGCAAACCGGGCGUCUGAGGCGACCAAUUUUAUUUCGCUACGCAUGUGGUGGGAAAUAGAAGGUAGAAAGACGAAGGCAUUCAGGAGGGAAGACAAUGUGGGGAGGAAGGUUGUAUGUUGAGUGCGGAGGCCUCCUGCUGGCUGCUAGGGCAUGGCCAUGAGCAUCUGGUCAGGAGCGGAGACAUUUGUAAUUUUUUUCUUGUAUACAGCAAGCUAUGAAUCACGAAUAAUUUGAUCAAAUAUAAACUCGUCAUCUGAUGAGUAUGCCAAUAAUAGAGAGCAUGCACCGU